AGGUGGUUAGUGUCCCUAUGAUGGCCGACGCUCAAUUAUUAAAUGUCUUAAGGAUGGAAUGCACACCAGGGACUCCGUAGCAGCCCUAAGUAGUCCCAAAGUAUCGGUUCACUCAUACUGAAUAUCCCCUAAAAACGUUUAAUAUGUGGGACAUUUCAAUAAUCAUUCAUUCAAAUUAUAUUGUCAACACAACCUUUUUCUGCAUGAUGUUUGCCUUAAUAUAUUAAGGUGUUUUUAAUUUCUUUGGUCGGUUCUUUCUUGUCUUGGUCUUUAAAGUCUAGAUUUGUAUUUUGGCACUUAUUAAACGAUUGAUGUAUUUAUGUAGCUCAGUUAACCUUUCCUAAAUCUCCUGGGGACUAAAUUCAAAGCGCUUUCAUGUAGUUUUGAAUAUAUUUUGUGCUUUUAAACACAUUUUAUGUCAAUGCGCUAUGCAAUCAUUUCCAAACAGUAUGCAAGCAUAUUUCGACCUUAGACAUGGAUUUCAAUAAUAAUGAAUGAAAUGGAGAAUACUGAGAAAAGAGCAUCUCCAAGACCACUAAUGUAAUUUAUAUAUAAUUUCUAUGUAGCCACAGAUUUAUAUCAAGCAUAUUGGUGAUAUUACAGUUAUUGAUGUUGUAUUCCUUCAUGUAUCGACUAUUCUGUAAGACUUGUGCUACACAAUACACCAUUUUUGAUAUAGCAAUGUGGUAAAGACAUGACAUUUUCCUAUGUGUCAUGAAAAGUGUAUAAAAGCCAUAAAAUGCAUUCUCAAUGACCAAAUAACAUACUUCUGUGCCCCUUAUCAAACACUCUUUGUACUUUCACAAUUUAGCCAUUAUCGCUCAUAGGAUUAGCAGUUUACCUAAGACAUUAUACACAGUACAUUAUCCAUUAUACAUGUACUGUAUGUAUAGCCCACAUCAGCGUGGAGUCUUACGCUGUAUAAAAUGCGCUCAUUCAGAUCAUGCUAAUGAGCUCUCGUUUAGCUCAUGCUAUUUAUAACCACCAUUGUUAACGCCUCGUUUGUUUUGGUGUGUCUGAGUCCACAAAAGUCAUGGAGCUUGCGCCCACUUUAUUAGCUUUAUAACGUCAUUCACUCUGUGAAACAUGAUAUUAGCUGCAAUCCCACCUUAUGAAAUUAGCAUACUGCAAACAUCUCUGAACAUUCUCCUGACUAGCCUACAUGUUGUUUAUAUACUGUGGAAAAUCCUAUUGCUAUCGAUCAGAAAAACAUGCUAACAUGCACACUGCUAGUACGCACAUUUGGGUAAUUGAUGUAGACUAACAUGUCCAUAUGUUUUUAUUUUAGCAACACUUUAGGUUAAAAGUUAUAUCAAUGAAUAAGGAAAAGUGUUUAUCAGAUCCUGUAACUAAGUUAUUCACCAUAACAAAAAUGCAUUUUUAAAUAAUUUAAAGGUGCUGUAAGUGAUGUUAGCCAUCCUGCUUCCAUGAGACUGAACUGUUGAAUUACCCCCACACCCUCUUUCCAAAACCCAAAGAUACCAACAUUGUGCAGAAACGGUUAUUAAAAACAACAACAGCAAAAUAGCUCCCUCAACUGACAGCUGUUAUGAGCAACAUGGCAUAAAAAUGGCAUUAAAGCCUCAAUAUUUGGCUGCAACUAUACUAUGAGAACACGCAAAAUGAUUGACAGGUCAAAAGAGUCUACAGAUGUCACAGAGACCAGUGAGGUAUCUCAGGACACUUAUUUCAUUAAUAUCUUUCAGGGAGUAGGAAAAUAUUUUGCAAACCUUUCCAUGAAAAAAGCACUUACAGCAUCUUUAAAGGUGUUUUAAUGUUUAAAAUAGUUUUAGAUGCAUUAGAGCAAGUUUACGUUACAUUUACAUUUAUGCAUUUUACAGACGCUUUUAUCCAAAGCGAUUUACAGUGCAUUCAAGGUAUACAUUUUUAUCAGUUUGUGUGUUCCCAGGGAAGUUAUUUAAUGCCAGCUACUAAUAGCUUUGGCCUUCGAGUUGGGAAUUUGGGCACACAAUGUUAUAAUUCAUUUCACAGUUCGCUAAAAAACAGAACCACAAGCUUUUGUCCAUUGAACGGCACUGGGUAACAUAAUACCUGCUCUGUCUGUUAAACGAAUGCAUGACCAUUUCAUUAAGUAUACAUAGCUAAAACGGCCACUCAAUGUAACCAACUGACCACAUACUAUAUUUCUAUAUUUCCUAUAUUUCUAUAUUUCCUAUGCUGUAGGAUUGACCAUCUCCAACUACUCAACAAUAAAAGACUGUAAUGCAAACUCCAAUGGGCUGUAGAGUUUUCUUGUAUCGAUUCAACUGGCAUGACGGGGUCAAAUGGCCCUUAUGUAUUAUAUUGGUGAACUAAAGGAGGCGAGUGCAGGAGGGGUGAUGGAGGAGAGCUGAAGAAACUGAAGAUGAGGGAGAUGUUCUUGGGGAAGGAGGGGGGAGUGAGUGAUAUUUAAACCCCAGAGGUUCUUGCUCUCUCCUCAUCUGUUUCUUAGCUCACUGGCUGUCUGUCACUGUCACCUGUGCUUCAUUACAGACAAAGAAAUCUCUCCGUAGGCAUUCAGUAGCUUGCUGAACCUGGAGAGAGAAGAUCCAAGAUGCCACGCUCAAAGUGUGAUAUCAUGUCCAAAGAACAAAGCUCCGACUUGGAAAGCGCGAUGCAGAUGCUCAUCAAGACCUUCCACAAGUAUUCUGGGAAUGAAGGAGACAAGUUCACACUCAGCCGAGGGGAACUGAGGGAACUGCUGACGGAGGAGCUGGGAAAUUAUCUAGGGAACGCUCAAGAUAAAGACGCGGUGGAACGAGUGAUGAACGACCUGGAUUCCAAUAACGACGGCGAGGUGGACUUCACCGAGUUCAUCAUCCUCAUUGGCGCGCUGACCGUAGCCUGUAACGACUUCUUCCUUGACAGCCCGGCGCCCAAAAACAAGGGCGACAGCAAGAGCGAUGGAGCCACAGAGGAAAAGAAAGAGUAAAGAGAGAAUACAAAAAAAUAGAAAGAAUGCUAAGGGCAGAAAAGUAUUAGUCGGUUGAGCACAAGGGAGUGAGAUCAUAGUUUCAUCCAUUUCUUUCAUCAGGACCGACAAACCUAGUUCCUAGAGGAGGUUUCUCCGCUUUUAUAAUUCAACUGUUUAUUACUUUCAAUGCAGAAACUGACUUGGGGGUUUGACAGAAAAACAUACAGUACCAGUGUAGUGCCGGGAGCUGGUUUAUCUAAUGCUGAAUUAUUGUUAAGUUAAUGAGAAGUUCAACAAUCUUUCAGGUAAAUGUACGGCUGCCUUCUAUUUCAAAUAAGGGUACUUGACAGGCAACAUUAUACAGAGCUAUGCAAGAGCUGUUUUUUGGAGAAGAUUUGGCAUCAAACUUUGUUAUGAGUAUAAGCAAUGGAUCUUUAUUUGUAGGCAAAUAUCUGCAUAGAGGAAAAGAGAACAAUAAGUGUGUUUUACAAAAUGGCUUUAUGUACAGUCAGUCGGUCAUUUUCACAAAAUAAACCCCAACAGGGUGAUCAGGACUUCACUCUUCAGGGUAUCAUCACCUUGAAGGGCUUUAUUUUGCAAUAAUGAAUGGCUAACAUUAUCCUGCUUAUUACAUGGCUUUGCAAAUUAAUUAAUUAUUGGACAUAUUAAAAUCUUGCCUGGGAAUUGUACAUACAAAAACAUUUGACUGCAGAAUGCCGAAAUGACCAAAAAGAAAAAACUAAUUCCAGAGAGCCGUGUAAUACAGUUAUGAAUCCACAUUUUGAACAAUGACCUGAUAAAAAGAUGUUGAAGUAUUAAUACUUACAUAAUGCAUUCAUGAAGUUUAUAUAUUAUGUAGUAAUUUCAAAUACCCUAAACAGUUGUGAGAAAGCAUUACUUGGUUUGUCUGUUUCUUUGCAUUGUUUGUUUAAGCCUAUUUUUAUUUAAUAAUCAACGUGUAUCUUCUUAAUUAUAAUAAACGUGCAACU